GUCACCGAGAGAGACGAUUAUAAAAGCAACGUUUUUUUCCGCCUCCAGUUGCCAAGACCUCCGCUCGCUGUCUCCGAGUUGCCUCCAGUUCCAUUUGUGUCUGCGUCCGCCUUUUACUUCCAACAUGCGUCGCAUUUUGGCCUUCGUCUUGCUCGUGGCUGUCCUGGCAGUUGCCUUCGCAGCACCUGCCCCUGCUGAGGAACAGAAAGAAGAAGAAAUCGAAGGCAGGACCAGACGUGGUCGUUUGCGCCACCAUGGUCGUGGCUUCGGAAAGGGGGGUGGCUUCGGUGGUCCCGGAGGCCCUGGCGGAGGCUUUGGCCCCGGUUUUGGCGGUGGCCAGUACGGCAGUGCCUUCAACCAGGGCGGCAGCUUUCAGACGGGCGCUCAGGGUGACCGGUAUGGCCAAGGCGGCUUCAACUACAAUGUCGGUGGCUCGAAGAGGCGUGAAUAUGGCAACGUGCAGACGUAUGGCGACCGCGAGACGUUUGGCCUGAGCGAAAACGCGGGUGCCAACCGGGCCAUGGGGCAGUCCAGCUAUGGGAACCAGUACAAGAACCAGGAGCAGGGAUCCGGAGGCCAGCAGUUCAGCUCCGGAUUCUCCGGCUGAGCCGAACUAUCUAGGCCUGCUGGAUGUUCGCGGACCGUAGGUCGCCAUAACUUCACACCUGUCACCCGGAAGAUCCCACAUGAGAUUAUUGCAUUGAAUGAAAUCAAAGAAUGAAUGUGCGCUGAUGCAAGAGCGAAAGAGAAGAAAGAAAUGUCUUGAGAGAUGUCAGAAGCGCAGCCCUGCGUGCUUUCAUAAAACACGCAGCGUUGAAAGUUGUUUACGAGAGUGAAACACAAUUUUGCUACAAUGUUGUUCACAGUUCUACGGUAUAUAUAUUUUUAUAUAUACACUUCUACCACUACUACCACUCUACAACUACUCAGCUAUUGUAAUAAAUAUAUUUAUUUUUUCAGUG